AUGUACUAUAUCGACAGCCGGAUGCAGUUUUUGCGCAUUGAGCGCUUCGGCGGAACUGUUAUCGGAUGGCAUGGUGAGAUCCAGGAGUUUCUCAAGGCGCAGUCUAUGCACAAACUCUUCGACUUGCUGGAGGACUUCGUCCCCGCCUUCCUGGAGACUGUGGUAGCCAGUGACUUGGGCCUCUUCCAGGAGUUGGAUGGCUUCCACUACAGUCCUGUCGAGCGCAACACGUGUGUCUCGAUCCACUGCUUCCUGGACAAAAUCCAGGAGCAGUUCUCCAGCAUCCGGCACGCAGCCCUCCUGUACAACGCGCAUCUUGUGUACACCAACUUGCCGCUGGACGACAUGAGGGUCUUGUACAGCUACCUCGUGGCCUUCAACGGCGCAGUGGCCAGCCAAAAGCUGAACAAGCCGCCUUUCGGCCGCAUCCCUACGGCAGCCUCGCAGCCGGGCGGAGGCAGUUCCAGCUUCGGCCGGGCAUUCUUGCUGUCGGAAGAGGAUGACUUUCUCUUGGGCAUGUCUCGGCGCGGGAGCGGGUCGCCCGGCUUGAUUUGUACCUGCCCAAGAGGGGCCCCGGAGAAGAGCUGUUCGGGCAAAGAAGGGCACAUGGGCGAGAAGAAUGCCAGCCUGGACUUGGACCUGCAGGCGGUGGAGAACAUCCCUCGUGACACGCUGGUUGUCUUGCUGCGGCGGAAGGAUAAGGAGCUGAAGACGCUGCAGGGGAAGCUGGAGAAGCUUGAAGAGAGAUAUGUCAAGGUGGUGCGAUUCAACAAGAUUCUCAUGGAGGAUCGACAAUCAUUCCAGCGCUUUUGCCACGAGUUGCUGCCAGACUGCGACGGCGCUUUUGAGGAGGCCGCCGCGCAGGAGGCGCCCACCAACUUGCAUGAGCUGCUUCGUCAGCUGGCUGAGUGGAGACGCAACAUGGACUCUGCCUGCGAGGAUCGCAAGGUCUUCCAGCAGUUCUUGGAGCUGGUCUUCCCCGGUGAAGAUGUGGAGGUCUUCGGGAGGCCUGAAGCUUUGGAUCUCCUGCAGAAGAAGUGGAUACAGCUGGAGGAUUUGCACAACCAGUCCAUUGCCAGCAUCAACGCAAUGGCCCGCGAGCAGGCCUUGCAGCAGCAGGAGGAGCUCCUCUCAGCCCAAAAGGCAUGCCAGGAAGCGGAGCGCAAGAUCCAGGACUUGAAGGAGGAGCUCACCAGCAUGGCACGAGAGAAGGCGCAAGUGCUGAAGCAGAAGCUCCAUGGAAAAAGCCAAGGCUGGAACAACGAAGCUGUGGCUGAGGCAAAUGGCACCGACAGCGAGGUAGCAAGAGCACUCGAGGAGAAGGCCGCCGCAGAGCGCCGAGAGAGGGAGGCCUGGCAGUGCCUGGAGCGGCAGCGGGAGGCCAUGCAGGCGAUUCGGCGCCGUGCCGUCGGGAAGAAUCACAUCUUCACCUUCGGACCAAUCUAUAGCUUCGGCAUCUUCCUGCCUUUCAUAAAGGCAGACUUGGGCAUCUCCCUCACCGAGGUGUCGACUGUCAGCAGCACCAUGAACACCGCGCAGUUUGUUGGCUCUUUGUUGGCCGGCCUGGUGAUACCCAAGCGGCUUUCUCAUGUGCAAGUGGCUGUCUUCAGUGCUCUGUCUGUGCUGCUGGGCCUUUCGGCGCUCAGCUUCGCCCAGGCUGCUUGGCACGCUUAUCCUGCUGCGCUGGUGGCAGGCCUGGGCCUAGGCGCCUCCAACCUGGCGGGGCUCGUAGCGCUGAACGCAUCUGUGGGCCCAAGCCGGCGCGCCACCAUGGUGGGCCUGGCCACCUGCGGCACUAGUGUCGGCACGAUCCUGCUGCCGCAGUUCUACAACCUGCUUGCAGGCUCCCUGGGCUGGCGCUGGGCCAUGCGCAUCAACGCCGCAGCCUCCUGUGGUUUUCUCCUGGCCGCGGCGCCUUUCUUCUGGGUGGCGCCUGCAAAGGCCAGCACCGAGUCAAAGAACUCACUUCCAGCUGCAGCUGCCCAGGCGGUUCCGGUUGCCCAAACGCGGGCCAGGCGCUGCCAGCCUCUCAGGGACCCACGCUUUCUUUGCUGGUGGCUGGACAUGGCAGUUUGCUUCUUCGGGUACUUUGGGCCCUCAGUGCUGCUGGCGGAGUUCGCGCGCACGGAGCUGCAGUUGGCGCCGGAGGAUGCGGCCAACUGCUACACGUUGCUCGGGGUCUCCGCGCUCCUUACCCGGCUGUGCCUGGGGUUCAUCACCCACGCCUGUGGAGGUCCCAGACGCGUCCAUUUUGCCUCGCAAAUCCUGGCGGGGGCCAUGACCUGCUUAAUGCCAUUCUGCUGGAACUUUGAAUCGCUGCUCGUUUGGAGCGUGCUUUACGGUUUCAGCAUUGGCCCCGUGAUCGCCCUGAUCAGCGUGGUGCUGAGUGAGUUGUUCGGUACUCAGGCGUUGGCCCUGUACCACGGCAUCUCGCGCGUCGGUGUGGGCACUGGCAACAUGCUGGGGGUGCCUGUGAUAGGCCUGCUGACGGAGUCGCAGGGCUACGUCUUCGCACUGGUCCUUUCCGGCUGCGUGGUGAUUGCUGGCACCGGCUUCCUUGUCAUUUUGGAGGUGCUUCACAGACGGAAGCUGAGGAGAGAUGCACAGGACGCGGAAGUGUCAAUCUGA